GGACAUCCAUGCUCCACUACACCUCUACAAGUUUGCACGGGCCGAAACAGAAGCCGUGUAUACAUGUUCCAACCUUACAACUAGAACAUUGGCUCGCAGAUUCCAACUGAUCCUACAUACUCUUACCACUAAGCUUGCUCGAAGCCACGGUGCCAAAUCUACUCCAUGAAGCCUGCGGCGAUGGCCAGCACCUCCGAGACCUCCGCAGCGUCCAACACCACGUACCCGCAAUACCUCCCAAAUGUUCCCUACGGCAGCCAAAAGUCCCCUCUAAACACCCUCGAUAUCUUCCUACCCCAUUCCUCCCCUCCUGAUCACGACAAAUCCGCAAUAUGGGUCCUCUUCAUUCACGGCGGCGCCUGGCGAGACCCAACCCAAACAUCGACUGAAAUCCUCCCUCUACUAAACUACCUCUACAAAUCUCCAUCCUCUAUCCCCGACCUCCCAAAUCCGUGUCCACCGGCGCCCUCACUUCCUGAUCCUGCGCAGCGGAGAACAUAUGAAGACGACGGCGUGGAUAUCCGCCCGUACAUCGCCGGCUUCGCAAGUCUGAAUUACCGCCUGAGUCCGGACGUCAAGCAUCCAGAACACAUCCGCGACGUCAGCGACGCGAUUGCACAUCUGGUGCGCGAGUAUGGCGUAGGCCGAGAUGUGCAGUUCGUACUGCUUGGACAUUCGUGCGGUGCGACAUUGGCGGCGCAAUAUGUUUCUGGCCUUGGACUUGACCGGGCUCGCCAGCAAGACCGUGUGCACCCAAUUGCCUUGGGAUUGUUGGCGGGGAUUUUCGACCUAGGCGCGUUUGUGGCCAGGCAUGCUGAUUCGCCUGUGUAUCGGGAUAUUGUGGAAGGUGCGUUUGGGCGGGAUGAGAGGGAGUGGCUGGAGGCGAGUCCGAUGCAGGGGAUGUAUGGAUGGGAAGAGGGUAAGGUGGUACUUGUAGGGUGGAGUCGAGAGGAUGGGUUGGUGGAGGAUGCGCAGAGUGAGGAAUUUGUUGAGAAGCUCGCGCGCGAGCAGUGGGCGCGGAAGGAGGGGAGUGGAAGUAAGAAGAUUGCGCAUACGGAGGGAAAGAGAAGGCAUGUGGGAGAGUGGGUGGGGAGAGAGGUUGUGAGUUGGCCUAUGGAAGGGGAGCAUGAUGGGCUUUGGGGAGAUGGGAGACAGUUGGCUUGGGUGGUGCAGGAAUUGGUGCUCAGGACUGUUACAAGGAGGUGUGUAUAGGCUGAUUAGAUCCGGGGGCAUCGGGUGCCAAUAUUGUUUACAUGAAUCUCAAAAUGGUCUAUGGAC